AUAUAAAUAAACACACCCAAAAGCACAUACAUCUGUGUGUGUUAACUUCAACAUCUACUUUUAAAAAAAAAAACUUCAACAUCUUCUCUAAUUAAUUCUUUAGUCUUUUUCACGAAAACCAACCUACCAAUAACAAUUCACCACAUAAUAUGGGGAGCUUGGGAAGCAAUAUUCCAAAAACUAUGAACAUCACAAUUAAACACUCAUCAUAUAUACAACCUUCAAAGCCCACACCAUCCUCUUCUAAGCUAUGGACUUCUAACUUAGAUUUAGUUGUGGGUAGAAUACAUAUUUUAACUGUUUACUUUUACCGUCCAAAUGGUGGGUCAAACUUCUUUGAUCCAGUUGUUAUGAAACAAGCAUUAAGUGAUGUGCUUGUUUCUUUUUAUCCAAUGGCUGGAAGAAUGAGUAGAGAUGAAGAGAGUGGUAGAGUUGUAAUAAACUGUAAUGAUGAGGGCGUUUUGUUUGUUGAAGCUGUGUCAGAUUCAACGUUGGAUGACUUUGGUGAGUUUACUCCUUCACCGGAGCUCCGGCGACUUACUCCCACUGUUGAUUAUUCAUGUGACAUUUCUACCUACCCGCUGUUUUUUGCACAGGUAACUCAUUUCAAAUGUGGAGGAGUUGGUCUUGGUUGUGGUGUAUUUCAUACACUAGCUGAUGGUCUAUCCUCACUCCAUUUCAUCAACACAUGGUCCGACAUGGCUCGAGGUCUAUCAAUCGCCAUCCCACCAUUCAUUGACCGAACCUUGCUUCGUGCACGUGAACCACCCACCCCAACUUUUGAUCACGUCGAGUACCACCUCCCUCCAUCCAUGAAAACUACCUCCCAAAACAUUAAAUCAACCCGAAAACCAUCAACCACAAUGCUAAAGCUCACACUUGAUCAACUCAGUGCUCUCAAAACUGCUGCGAAAAAUGAAACCGGAAACACUACAUAUAGCACAUACGAAAUCCUUGCAGCUCACUUAUGGCGUUGUGCGUGCAAGGCACGUGGACUUCCAGAUGACCAACUAACUAAAUUGUAUGUGGCUACAGAUGGACGAUCUAGAUUGAGCCCACAACUCCCACCAGGCUACCUAGGCAAUGUUGUAUUCACUGCCACCCCAGUUGCCAAAUCCUCUGACCUCACAGCUCAACCAUUGUCUAAUGCAGCAUCCUUGAUUCGAAGCACUUUGACAAAAAUGAACAAUGAAUAUUUGAGAUCAGCCAUUGACUACCUUGAAGUGCAGCCUGAUCUAUCGGCUUUGAUUCGUGGUCCAAGUUACUUUGCAAGCCCAAACUUGAACAUAAACACAUGGACUCGAUUACCUGUACAUGAUGCAGAUUUUGGGUGGGGUCGGCCCGUGUUCAUGGGACCAGCGGUAAUAUUGUAUGAGGGCACCAUAUAUGUUCUACCUAGCCCAAACAAUGAUAGGAGUAUGUCAUUGGCAGUGUGCUUAAAUGCAGAUGAACAACCAUUGUUUGAGAAGUUCUUGUAUGACUUCUAAGGAUUUUUUUGGGUUUGUUGUAUUCAUUUCUUUGUAAUGCGCUUCUGGUGUAUCCAUGAUUUUUGGCUUUCAAGAAAAUUGAUGUGGGGAUAUUGCCAUUAAA